AUGGGUCUCGACUGGAAUCUCUUUCUGGUUGCUGUUUCUGUAAAUGUCUCUCACGACGGAAGAGCCAUUAUCAUCGAUGGCCAACGUCGAAUUGUUAUUUCUAGUUCAAUUCAUUAUCCCAGAAGCACACCACAGAUGUGGCUUGAUUUGAUUCAAAAAGCAAAAGAAGGAGGACUUAAUACGAUAGAGACUUAUGUGUUUUGGAAUGCUCAUAAACCAGUUCGUCGUCAGUAUGAUUUUUCUGGGAAUAAUGAUCUCAUCAGAUUUCUAAAGACCAUUCAUGAGGCUGGACUCUAUUCUAUUCUCCGUAUUGGUCCUUAUGUUUUUGCUGAAUGGAACUACGGGGAUUUUCCUGUGUGGUUGCAUAAUUUGCCUGGUAUUGAGAUGAGGACAGCAAAUAAUGUGUUCAUGAAUGAGAUGCAAAAUUUCACUACAUUGAUCAUAAAUAAGAUUACUGAAGAGAAACUUCUUGCUUCUCAAAUCGAGAAUGAGUAUGGGAAUGUUAUGGAUCCUUAUAGAGAUGCUGGAAAGGUGUAUAUAGAUUGGUGUGCUUCAAUGGCAGAAUCUUAUAAUAUUGGAGUUCCAUGGAUAAU